UAUGUAUAGCUGAUUCACUUUGUUAUGAAGCAGAAACUAACACACCAUUGUAAAGCAAUUAUACUCCAAUAAAGAUGUUAAAAAAUAUUCUUUUCCAUUAUGGUUUAUCACAGGAUAUUGAAUAUAGUUCCCUGUGCUAUACAGUAGGACCUUGUUGUCUAUCCAUCCUAUAUAUAAGAGUGUACAUCUGCUAACCCCCAACUCCCAGGAUCUUAAUAAAUACAGCUAAACCUUAGCUAUUAGAUGACUUUCAUGUGCAGAGAGAUUGAUGACAGACCAGUCAGAAGUGUGCCGGGGCUUCUGAUUGAGCUCUGUAGGUUGAGCAUGUCCAGGUCCGGGGCUUUGGGGGUCAUGUGUGUUAGAGUCAGUGUGGUUAGAGGCCUGGGCCAAAUCCAGCUCUAACCCCCCCCAGGAGUGCAACCUUGACUCUGAGUGCUUUACUUAACCUCUCUGGGGCUUGAUUUCCCCUUUGAAAUAAGGUGAUGCUAAAAAUAGUACCUGCCUGCUGGGUGGAGGAAUUACAUGAAUCAAUGCACAUAAGUGCUUGGAACAAGAGUAAGUGCUCAGUAUGUGCCUGCUCGUUGGAGUGGCGAUGGCAGAGACAGAGCUCCUAUGUGCAUUAUGUGAAUGUGGCAAGAUACCACCUACAGGACGGACAUUAUGCUCUGGGACAUGAGAGCCCAGCGUUCUUCUUGGUCUCCCAUCCUCAGUGGGGUUGGCAGUCAUCUUUCUGCCCAUUUUGUACCCAUGGUGGCUCUGUAGGAAAUGCCCUGGGCUGUGUUUUGUACUUGUGUGUGGAUGCCUUUGCAGGCAUCUAGGAUUGGGAAAACCCGACUUUUGUGGAUAUAAGGGCAGGGUGGAAUCUACAUCUUGGCUCGGUGCUCCCCGCUGAGGAUGCUGAUUCCUUCUGUCACAAGGAUGGGCUGGGUCUGUUGAAGUUUGAUUGCAAUCCUAGGGAAUAUCACUCCCCAGCAGCCUUCUGAUUCCCCAGACUGCCCUCUUUGUGUCUCUUCUGGCUUAAGGCUCCGCGGCCACAGUCCUCAUCCUCAACGACAUACGUCCAGCACCAUGAAGGGCUUCCUCUUCGCUGGUAUCAUCGUCAUGCUCACGGUUGCAGCUGUAGAAUCCUUGAGUUGUGUGCAGUGUAAUUCGUUGACAGACCCCUGUGUUGACAGAAAUGCCACUGAGUGUCCCGCAAAUGCCAGUAUCAGCUGUACCACUUUCUUGACGAACUUUUCUCUAGGAGAAAACAUCACAUGGUAUGAGGAUAAGGCCUGCUCUGCGGAUAAUUGCAGCGUGGCUGAGACCUUCACAGUCCACGUAUCUGCUAAUGAAACCUUCCAUUUUGCAAGCCAGUGUUGCCAAGGAAAGGCGUGCAAUGACACCAACGACACCAUAGAUCCCCCACAGGAAGAGGUGUCCAGCAACACAGGGUGCUCUGCAUGUUAUGGAUCUAGUGAAACUUCCUGUAAUGAGACAACCCGGAAAUGUUAUAAAGAAGAAAGAUGUGUCAGUCUAAUCGCAGAAUUUAAGAAUGGCUCCGGACGCACAGGGCCAGCGACCACGGCCCACGGGCCCAGCCGCUCCGCAGCACGUGGGAUCUUCCCGGACCGGAGCACGAACCCGUGUCCCCUGCAUCGGCAGGCGGACUCUCAACCACUGCGCCACCUUUGACUUAAUCUGAAAGCCAGAUCAAAGCCAUCAUAAAUAGAUGAAGCUCGUGCUGAAAGGCUGCUCCAAUGUCAGCAACUCCACCUGUGAGUUCCUGGCUACUGGAAAUCGGACGGUUGGAGGAGUCACUUUCCUAAAGUUUGAGUGUGAAAACAGCUCCGAUGCCUCCUCA